AUGACUUUCAAUCCGGGCAUCGAUGUACCCGAUGAGCUAUCCCGUCUCUCUCUUGGGCAGGAUACGCCGCCAAGGAUUCGGGAUGCACCUGAGCUGAACAACACGGGGACGAUACCUGUGGACAUUACCGAGAAGUUCAAAAAGGCUAGUUCUGCCUUACAGCCCGGAGAGAUUGUCAAAGAUGAGUUCUUCACUCUCUUUGAGUCUGUUGGGGCGUUGGAGAUCAUGGACCCCAAGAUGGACAGUGGUUGUGUUAAGCCAGGCGACGAGUUUGAGGAGCUCUACGAUGUGUCAAAGCCGCUUCUGCCGGAAGAGGUGCUCGGAAUUAUUGACCAACUACUAUGCCACGAGACAGUCUUCACGAGUGUUUACGUCGAGUCGCUCAUGAUGCCUGACCCAACGCACAUUGAAGAAGCGGUGUUUGUGCGGCGCGGAGACACACAGGCCGAUGCCCAACCCAUGUUACAGGUACUCCGGGCCUACUGUCUUGGUAUGCUGAAGGCUUGUGCAUAUGUUAACGAGCGGGUCAAGUCCGAGCACUACUAUGAGGAGGAAGACUUUGUAACCAACACAUACAACCGUACGCUUCUUGGGAGUCUGUCCACCGCGGAUAUCCGCGCUGAGCUCAACGAUGCGGCAAAUGUUGUGCAGAAGCAACGGGAGCACUUGGGCGGAGAGAUAAGCGAAGCUCUAUCCUCCCGGCUCAAGCUGAGGGACAUAUUCUUGUCCGCUGCCGAAUGCCCCCAAUUUGUAGCACAGCCAGAUCUGGCUCGUCAGCCGUGGGAGACUGCUCUGAUGCUCCUGCCAACGAUCAAAGCAACACAUGGCCUGUCCAAACAAGUGGACGAGUCUUUCAGCGUCAAGCUCCAGAGGAAACUGGCCAGUACUGUGCCGCCACGGCCAAUUGUGAAGCUCAGCUUUGAGAAUGCCUUUGGCCAUCUGGAUCGCCUCUUCAAGGACGGCUGCGAGCUUAUCAAUGUGCUCAGCUAUACAAACUCUCAAUGUUUACAGACAUUCCUACGCCAUUUUCAGGCCAAGAAACCGCAACCUCUCGUCUAUGUACGGACCCUACUCCAAACAUUUCUCUUCGACGCCAUGGAAAUGCUUGGAGGAAUGAGCAUACGUAUGAUUAUGGAUGAUGACCUCGCAAUCGUCUCCCUCCCCGCAAGCCCUUAUCUCGACCGCGCAAAUGACGAUAUCGAGGUUCUACACGACCCGCGGUUCAUCAUCUCGCAACAAAUGGAGGCAUUCCGGAAGAGGGCAGCGGAGCCAUUCCUGGACAUAUUCCGCACGUUUUGCCAGAACCGCUGCCGCGUAAGGAGGACCCUCUGCCACAACAUUGAGAGAUGGGACCAAUUGCAGGCCGAUGCAGAACAACUCGACCUCGAAUUGCAGGCCAGAGCGCAAGAGGUGAACCUGGCCGGGCAGAAGUUUUCGCCCAACACCAUCCCGGUGGAGGAUGAUGCUUGGUCCUUAUCCAUGUGGACGUAUCUCUACAAGCUCCGUCAAAUGGAGUGGAUCGUGCAACUCGGAUUUGAACUGGAGGUCUAUCAGCCAGACGAGCUGGCCGGCAUGUAUUGGUAUCUCAGCUACCUGUCCAAGACUCGAAUCGAGUACGUGCCUCGGCUGCGGAAAACCCUGACAGAGCGAGUCAAAGACCUCCGCGAAUCCCCGGCCCAGAACCGGCGGAACCCGGCUGUGGAGAGGCAGAUGCUUCGGACACUCGAGUGGAUCAGGCUGUCGCUGCUCGACGCCGUCGUCACAUGGGGCCUAUCCGAAGCAUUGGCAAGUCUAUACACGGCAUGCAGCCGUCUCGAGCUUCUCACCCCGCCACCCCGUCCGUACAGUAACGACGAGCUCCGCUACGAACUGCGGAUGAAGCCCUUUGCGAAGAUUGAGACUCCUGGACCGAUCAGCUUCGAGCAGUUCGCAGCCCAUACGUCGCAGCAAGGUGUAAGCACCGAGGAGCUCUUGCUGGAGGCAUCGAAAGCUAUGACAGACGCCAAGAAGGCUUGUGAGUCGAUGAGCAAGAUGACUCCGGAGGAAUCCUUUUCGGUCGGCUCGCACGACAGGUGGCUGGCGUCGAUCAAAAACACCCUGAAAUCAUGCAUUGCUACAGGCUUGGCGAUAGCGACCGUGCAGAAGGCGAUGCGGGAGGACACGAGGGGGGGGAAGUUGAAGCUGACGGUGGAAGUACCCACGCCUGACAAAACAUAUCAUGAGUGGUGGAUAGUGCCGAAGAUCGCACCCGAGUCAACGUGA